AUGUCAGACGAUGAAGCAGACCCCGAGCUGCUGGAAUUGCUCCGCCAGUCCCUUGGAAUCGGCCGCGCAGCCAAAUCAGGGCCUGCCUUAGACACAAAAGUGCUUGCCAGCGCCCAACAUGUCUUCGACAACUCUAUCGACGUGGCACUGGACCCCUUCAGGACUAAAGCCGCAGCGGAGACCAUCUGGCAGCUGAUGCAGAAGAAGCGGUAUUCGACGAAGAAGUGGGCAGAGCAUGAACUGCACCCGCAGACCAAGGAUGAAAGCACAGUCGAUUUCAUAUUCACGAUGGAUUUGCUGAAUUUUAGCUUCUGGUCGGAUGAGACGGAUGAGUCGAAGCAGUUUGCUAUAGAGUAUCGAGGGAAGAGGUGGAAGGGGUAUUGGAGCCUAGUGGCUGCGUUGCAGAGGGCGCUUGAUGAAGAGAUCCCAAUCACGAGCUCUGAUUUCUGGCAGAACGAAGACGAAUGCACAGACGAAGUUUUGCGCCAUGUCUUCCGAUCCGCGACGGAUGAGGAAAUCCCCAUGUUCAAAGAACGUGUCGAUUGUCUCCGUGAUGCUGGGAAGAUUCUUUAUGAUAAAUACCGCUGCAGCUUCACAACCUGCAUUGAAGAAGCUAACGGCUCUGCUGCAGUCCUCGUGAACCUGCUCGCAGAUAACUUCCCAUGUUUCAGCGACAAGAUGCGGUUCGAGGGGAGGGAAGUACGCUUCUACAAGCGCGCACAGAUCCUCGUCGCAGACCUCUGGGCCUGCUUCCGCGGCAAAUCCUACGGCAAAUUCCACGACAUAGAUAAACUCACCAUGUUCGCAGACUACCGCAUCCCCCAAAUGCUACAUACCCUCGGCUGUCUACUCUACUCCCCUCCACUAGAAACGCACAUCCGCCAACGCAAAGUGUUACCGAGCGGACACAAGUGGGAAACCGAGCUGCGCGGUACAAGCAUCUGGUGCAUAGAGCUGAUCCGCCGAGAGAUCGAGAAGCAGCAUGCCAAAAUGGCACGGCCGGGUACAUACGCGGAACUGACGCCGCAAGCAAUCACGGCGUCCGGGUCGGCGGUGGCGUCUGGAUCUGUUUCUGUGAGAGGUGCUGGAGGGGAGGAGGAUGUGGGGGAUGAUGAGAAGAAGCAGCUGUUGGAGAAGGGCGAUGGCGAGGAUGACGAGGAAGAAGAGGAUGAGGCGUAUCCAUUGGGUGUGAAUGCGGUCUUGAUUGAUUUUCUCCUGUAUGAUACAAUUAAGGAGAUGGAAGGGGAAGGGAAGGAGACUAUCCCGCAUCAUCGGACGAGGAGUAUCUGGUACUGA